AUGACAGUCGAACAACCUCAGAGUCAGUACCAAGAGACCAAGGUCUCAGAGAUCCCGGUCAUUGAACUGAAAUCAUCGGCCAGCGGCGAUGCCGUCGCCAACGAGGCCAUAGAGGCGAUGAAAAUGGCCGGGGUGUGCAUUGUACGAAAUCUGCUCGAUCAAAGUACUGUCGACAAAAUUCGCCAGGAACUCCAGCCAUGGGAGCAGGAAGGGACAUCAUUUGAGGGCUUUCCCAAAAACUACUGUCAAGUCUCCGGCUUGCUGAGCAAGUCACCAACAUAUGCCGAAAGCAUUGUUGGAAAUGAGGUUUUCACCGCGGUUCGCAACUACUUCUUGACGUCUACGUACGAAUGCUGGGCGGAGCAAGGCACCUGGAUGAGCAUACAGAGUCCCCCCCAGCUGGACUCAACCCUGGCCCUGUACGUGAAUCCCGGAUCCGGAAACCAGGGUCUUCAUCGGGACGACGCUACGCAGCAGAACUGGAACACCGGCGCCAGUGAAUACAGUCUCGGUCGUGACUCAGGCUGUGCAAUGAUGGUCGCGCUGAACGAGUGUGCCCGCGAACAAGGCGCCACGCGCUUCAUCCCGGGCAGUCAUCUCUGGGACUACAAGUACGACCACCCGAAAGACGACGACCCGCGCGUUCGGUAUGCGGAGAUGCGCCCAGGAGACGCUUACCUGAUGCUCAGCAGUGUCAUACACGCCGGCAGCAUCAACCACUCGACUGACCAUCGGCGCGUCCUGGCGGCCGUGUUCGCGUCGCGAAGUCAUCUCCGCCAGGUGGAGAACCAGUAUCUGACGUAUGAUCUUGAGACGGUCCGGAAAUUCCCGAAAUGGCUACAGCGCUUUAUGGGAUACAGUCUUUCGAAACUGUUUCAGGGCUGGGUCGAUAAGAAGGAUCCUCUGCUGGUGGUAGACCCGAACGUAGACCUGAAUGACGAGGACGAUGGGGCAAAGAUCGCGAUGAAGGAGAGCAUGUAA